AUGGCUCCUGCCCGAAACAGCGCUCCUCGUGGUGGUGUUGGCACCCAAGAAACACCAGCCACCAACACCGGCAGUGGCUCUGGUCUGGGUGAUUCUGGUUAUCCUAAAGGCAGCGGUCCUACCACCGGCCAAUUCACCACAUUGUCCAACACGAAGGGCGCCGCGAGAGAGAGUGAUGAGGGGUUUGAGGCAACUAAAAACCCCAGCGAGGAUCGCAGUUUCAUGGCCCAUAAGCCUGGGCAUCCAGAGACGCUGCCGGGCUGGGACAAACUGAAGGAUGUGAUGGGUUACACCAGUUGA